CUUACAUCGCAACGUAUCAGCCAAUCGUUUAUGAUCUGACCUACAAAGAUAAAACAGGCUUGGAGGUAUUAAGUUGCCCUUCUGCAGCAAUUGGAGGCCAAUUCAUCUUUUAUCUUUUUUUUCUCUCUUUAUUUCCUAUUCUUCUCACUUCGAGGAAUAUAUUUUAUCUCAAACAUUUUCAUACCUCAUACACACUAAAUAGUAUAAGCCACCAAGAUAAGAUGCUCGAGUUCUUUACACCUAAGAAACUAAAGAAAACACAGGAUGAGAAGGCCGAGAAGCAGAAAUUAGAAAAGGGCAAGGGAAAGGAGGAAAAGCAUAAGAGUGAUGCUGCUGUCAAACCCGGCACCGAUGAUGCUGUUCACUCCGAGUCUCCAAGCUCGCCUGAGAUAAUCUUGGAGCGUACUGAGGGUAUGCCUAUUCUCGACCCAGAGGAUGAGAAGUUCCUCGAGCGCCUGACCUCCCCGUCAGAUAGCGGCAUUAGUAUCGGCGACGGCGACGAAACGCCACCACCUCUGCCACCGCGCGUCAAGACGCCUGUCAUCGAGCUAGACAGCGACGUUUCUAGUGUCGCUAGCAAGGAUGAGAGCAAGCAGGAUGUCCCUACUAAGGAUGGCGAUGGAGGCAAGGGCAAAGGCAAAGGCAAAGAUAAGGAGAAGCAUAAGGGCAAGGACAAGGACAAGGACAAGGACAAGCACGACGGCGAUAAGCCCGAUCACAAGCCUAAUCGCUUCUCCUUCGUCACCUCCCUCACGCGCAACAUCUCCCUCAAGCGCAAACCCACCCAGCACCUCUCCGUACCCCCUUCUUCCUCUACCCCCACAUCUACAUCCCCCUCCCCCUCCGAGCGCGAAGUCAACAAAGAAGAAACCGACAUCGCCCGCGUCCUCGAGGACCUCAACCUCGCCGCCUCCACCGACAACAAAGCCUUCAGCCUCUCGCGCGAAUCCGCCGAGACCCUGCGCCGAUUCACCCAAGUCCUCAAGGACCUCGUCAACGGCGUGCCCACCGCCUACGCCGACCUCGUCGGCCUCAUCGAGGACCGCGACGGCGUCCUCGCCAAGUCCUACGACAAGCUCCCCUCCAGCCUCAAGAAGCUCGUCGCCCAGCUUCCCGAAAAACUCACCUCGUCGCUGGCCCCCGAGCUCCUGGCCGUCGCCGCCGAGGCGCAGGGGUUGAAGGGCGCCGAGGCCAUGGGUGUUGCCGAGGUGGUGGGUAAGAAGGCUGCGGUGAAGAAGUUGCUCGGCACGAGUAAUCUCCUGGAACUGGUGACGAAGCCGGGGGCGGUGGUGGGCUUGCUCAAGGGCAUUGUGAACGUGUUGAAGACGCGGUGGCCGGCGUUUGUGGGCACGAAUGUGCUGUGGAGCGUUGCUGUGUUUUUGUUGCUGUCCGCGCUGUGGUAUUGCUAUAAGAGGGGGCGGGAGACGAGGUUGGAGAGGGAGGCUAGUGAGACGGGGGUGGAGGGAGAGGGAGAGGUGGGACCGGAAGUGCUGGUGGAGGGAACGAAGGAGGGCGGGAAUGGGGGGGAUGUACCCCGUAUUGAAGGAGUGCCGGAUCAGCAACAGCAACAGCAGCAGCAGCCGACGGUAUCGGUAUCUGCCCCGGCAUCUUAAGGGGGCAAGAAAAGCGGUGAUGAGUAGGUGAUACUGCUAUCAUCUUUCUAUUCAAAAAGAGUCGCUAGAGGAAAAAGAAAAAAAAGGGGGGCGAAGGGGGGGAGAGGAUUGCUAUGAGGACACGAAAGCAAACUACACAACACGACAGGAUGGACUACAC